CUAGGACAAAUAGAAGAAGCGAACGUGGUUUGGCAAUCUAGGCCUAGGCUUGAGAGCGGAUGGAGAUUAUUUUCCCGAGCCAGGCCGCGAAUAACCUCUUCCACUGGUUUUGCGAACCAUGUGCUUCCGCUUGAAAUAGGUCUUGGAGAGGGGAUGUAGGUUGAUAAGGGCAUGGUGGGUCGAUAUUUGUGCUUAGAUAUUCGUUUCUUAUUUUUAUCUUUUUAAGUUAUGAUAUGAGUUUAAUUCUUUCACGGACCGGCCAAAAUUGAACAUCUUCUCAUAUCGGAUCUCUUGGAAACUUACCUGUCGUACUGGAACACUUCUCAAUCACUUGUCUCUUCGAUCCUGGUCUCGACUAGACUGUUCACCGACCACCUCAGUACUCUUUUAUUACCAUUAGAGUUGAUCUAUAUAUAUCAGAUAAUACACAAUGUCGUACAAACCAGCAAUCUGUAGCAUGUCUCUUGGCCGAGCAUGGGCACAUUCAAUGGCCCCGAAACUCACAGCCGCGGCAUCCGCCUCUCUCCCAGGAAUUGAGAUCUUCUUCGAAGACCUCCUCUACCUCGCGUCCUCCUUCCCAGGCGGUCCAACACCAACAAACCAGAUCCUCGCCGCCCACCAAAUACGCACGCAAUGCGGCGCCCUCAACCUCGAAAUCAUGGGCAUCGGCCCCUUCAGUAACUGUGAGGGUCUCCUCUCUGCUUCAGCUCGCGCUGCGAAACUAGAAGAACUGUAUCUCUGGUUUGACAUUGCGAGGAUCCUAGGGACGGAUAUCAUCCAGAUCCCAUGUACAUUCAUGACUGAGGGUGUGACUGGAGACCUGGAUGUCGUGGCGAGAGACCUGAGAGAGAUUGCCGAUCUGGGAGCAGCGCAGAACCCACCAUUUAAGUUCGCGUAUGAGAAUCUCUGCUGGGGGACGUUCAACGAUACGUGGGAGAAGGCGUGGGCUGUUGUUGAGGCGGUCGAUAGAGAUAACUUCGGGCUGUGUCUCGAUACGUUUAAUAUCGCUGGACGGGAAUAUGCGGAUCCAUGCUCGCCGGAUGGGAAGUGUGUGAAUGCGGAUGUGACAUUUAGGGAGAGUAUGCGGAGGAUGGCGAGGACGAUUGAUGUGAAGAAGGUGUUCUAUGUGCAGGUAGUUGAUGCGGAGAGAUUGAGGACGCCGAUGAGUAAGACGCAUGCUUUUCACGUGGAGGGGCAGAAGCCGAGGAUGAGUUGGAGUCGGAAUUGCAGGCUGUUUAUGUGUGAGGAGGAGCGAGGAGGGUACUUACCGGUGCUGGAUGUCCUCAGGACUAUCUGCGAUGAGAAGGAGGGACUGGGGUACAAAGGAUGGAUCUCCAUGGAAUUGUUCAAUAGGAGUCUUCUAAAGGAGGAUCCAAAUGUGCCAAUUGAGCAUGCAGAGAGAGCAAUGAAGAGUUGGAGGAGGAUCGUGAAAGCUAUGGGUUGGGAAGACAAGAUUGAGCCUGAAGUGGCUCCUAGGAAGGUCUCAAGCUGGGUGAGCCAGAAGGAGGUGGAGAGUCUUGAGAUCUCAGCACGACUGUGAUGUGCAUGCAGCAGGGAACAGCAAGCAUUCUCUGGAGUUUGGGACAUCAUUGUACAAUUGACUAUGAACUACAUGAUAAGCACGGCAACACACAUGUAGUGGUACAUGCAUAAGGCAGCAUAUGUAAUAAAUGAGCAUAGCAUAUUGAAACAUUGGCAAAUACGGAAGAGGCCGGCCACGACAACUGAUCAAAUUGUGCUUGGUCUAAUGCACGAAGCCAGUACGUGUAGUGGCCGAAGUGGAAUUCGUAACAACGGAUUGUUCAGGAAGUUCUCUUGCCCCUUGGCCCCCAUCCUAAUGAAAGGUUGUAGCAUACGCAUGAACAAGGUGCCUUCUAAUCCCGACGAGCCCCGAAGGACUAAACUCAAUCUCCCCACGCUCCGUUAGGAACUGCUUUCUAGAUGAAAGUAGCUCCUGCAAACACUAAAG